CCGUGGGAUAGGGUUGCAAGGGGUGCUGGCAUGGUGGAGCAUGGCUUCGCGGUAACAGCUAUCAUCUACAGCACCAUAGCUACAACCAAACCUCCGCAACCUACAGCAGUUCCCUCUUACACCCACAGCAGCAACAGAAACGGCAAGAUGGCGCGCACCUCCCCCCACACGUCCUUCGAGACUCCCGCAGUCGUCGCAAAGAACCUUUCCCGACUACUCACGCGACUGGACCAGAAGCUCGGGAGCACGCCUCGUGCGCCCAGCGCCGUCGAGCGCGCAAAGAUUGCGGCCAACCUAGAAUAUGCGCGGCGGCUGCUACACACGCUCGAGGCCGACAGCGCCACCAUCAGCUUUGCCGCGCGGCGACAAAAGAGCCUUGUAGAGCUUGGAACACAGAAGCAGGCGAUUCGACGGCUGAAUGAACGGUUACAGACGGCGGCGGCGGAGGUGGAGGAGGUGGAUGCUGAGGAUGCUGAGGAGGAGGGCGUCGAGGUGCCCGUGGAAGAUGCUACAGAGGACCUCUCCGAUGACGAUUAUGCUUCGCUCAAGAAGACGAAGGCGAAGCCGCAGCCUGCGGCUGAGGUUACGGCUGCUCCUACAUCCAUGCCAGCUACAGCUACGGGAACAACAACGUUGAAACCGCAACCAACCUCCACCACACCGGAGCUCCGCAACCGGAAGACUACAGCCGCAACGCAGCGAGACGAGCUCUUUGGCGCGUCAGCGACGACAACAGGCGCAAAGCACAGGGGGAAGGUAGAGAAGGCAUCAGAAGCGGCCGGGACGGAAGUGCUACUGGACAUGCAGCGCAGCGAGCAAGAAAAUAUCACCGAGGAUCUACUGCAGAUGGCGAAGCUGCUGAAGGAGAGCAGUCUCUCGUUCGGUGCGCACUUGGAGACCGAGAAGGGAUAUCUUGAUGCUGCUAAGGAGGGACUGGACCGCAAUGCUGCUGGGAUGACGACCGCGGGGAGCAAUAUGGACUCGCUGCGCAAGAAUGAUAAUGUCUCUUUCAUCUGGAGCUUGAUCUAUAUGGCGAUGAUCGUGGUUUUGGUGUUUCUGACGCUGUUCAUAUUGUUCUUUGCGCCAAAGCUGCGGUGGUGGUAGUUUUCUGUUGGAAUGGAAAUUGCUUGUGCGCGUGCGAGGUAGAGUAAGGGAGCAUGGCUACAGUGCGCAUCGUUUGUUCAGCCUGGUGAAGAACUUGAGAGCAUGGACCCAAAGUCAGAGAUGACCAGUCCUUCCGUGUAGGAAGGCGGGCGUGGGCAGGAGUGUAUCCAGACCACAUCAACCACUUUUGUUGGAAGGACUGUAGCAUAGCUCUCAACUAGACAGCCAAUCACAGUAUCCAUGAGUGGAAUUCCGGUGGUCCUAUUACUUCUGCUCGGCUGUUUUGGAUCCUUUUAUCAUCCCAUCUAGACAUCCACAAACUUCGCACAGACCUUACUUUGUUUGAUCAUCAUAUAUAGAAUGAUAG